AUGAUGCAGGCUCGCUAUUCCGUCUCGGACCCCAACGCUUUGGGAGUGGUGCCGUAUUUAAGCGAGCAGAACUACUACCGGGCUGCCGGGACGUACGGCGGCAUGGGCAACCCCAUGAGCGUCUAUUCGGGCCACGCCGAGCAGUACGCGGCGGGCAUGGGGCGCUCCUACGGCCCCUACCACCCGCACCAGCCCACCGCCCCCAAGGACCUGGUGAAGCCACCUUACAGCUACAUCGCCCUCAUCACCAUGGCCAUCCAGAACGCCCCCGACAAGAAGAUCACGCUCAAUGGGAUUUACCAGUUCAUCAUGGACCGCUUCCCUUUCUACCGAGAGAACAAGCAGGGCUGGCAGAACAGCAUCCGCCACAACCUCUCGCUCAACGAGUGCUUCGUCAAGGUGCCCCGCGACGACAAGAAACCGGGCAAGGGCAGCUACUGGACCCUGGACCCCGACUCCUACAACAUGUUCGAGAACGGCAGCUUCCUGCGCCGCCGGAGACGCUUCAAGAAGAAGGAUGUCUCCAAGGAGAAAGAGGAGGCCCGGGAGCGGCUGCUGAAGGAGCAGCCCAAGCCCCCCGGGCUGCCCGGUGCCGACCUUCCCAAGGAAGCCUCCUCUUCCUCUUCCUCCGCCUCGGCGCCGGCCUCCGAGAAGAAGGUGGUGAUCAAGAGCGAGACGGCGUCCCCCGAGCUGCCCGUGAUCACCAAGGUGGAGACGCUGAGCCCGGCCAGCGGCGGGGCCCUGCGGGACAGCCCCCGCAGCGCCGCCUCGCCCCCCGCCGCCUCCUCUCCGGACGCGGCGCUGCCCGAGCAUCACCCCGCCGGUAACGGGCUGCCGGGCUUCAGCGUGGAGAGCAUCAUGACCCUGCGGACUUCCCCCGCGGGGGAUCUGAGCCCGGUGAGUGCCGCCUCGGGCAGGACGGGCGGAGGGCUAGCGCUGGGCUACCCCUCGGGGCAGCCGUCGGGCUACGGCGCGGCGUGCAGCCAGGCGCUGGACGCUAGUGGGAGCUACCACUGCAGCAUGCGGGCUAUGAGCCUCUACAGCGGCGACAGGCCGGCCCACAUGUGCGCUCCGCUGGAGGACGGGCUAGCCGAGCAUCCCACCGGUGCCCCGUCGCCUCUUGGCACGCUGAGCUUGCCCGCGGGGCAGGACGGAGCGCUGGGCGCCGGGCAUCCCCAUGGAGGCGGCGGCGGUGGCGGAGGGGCGGCGGGGGGACAGCCCGCGGCUUCUUGGUACCUCAACCACGGCGCUGAGCUGAGCCACCUGCCCGGGCACACUUUCGGCUCUCAGCAGCAGACUUUUCCCAACGUGCGGGAAAUGUUCACGUCGCACCGGCUGGGGAUGGAGAGCGCGGCGCUGAGCGAGCACCAGGUGAGCAGCAACUCCGCCUGUCAGAUCCCCUACAGAUCCGCACCCUCCCUAUAUCGCCACGCCGCCCCCUACUCCUACGACUGCACUAAGUACUGAGUAGCCGCCACACACCUCCCCCCUCCCCGCUUAGACCCAUUAAAAAUUAUUAUUAAUAAUUAUUAUUAAAAAAAAAUCGGGAGAAAUAAACCCACACCAAUAAUAAUAAUAAUAACAAUAAAAAAAAUCUGACAAGCUUCCCCGUGGACUUUGCGGCCACAGUUUUGAAGUUGGAAGUUUUCUCACUUCAAAGUGAAAUUCGCAAGUUCGAAGAUGCCAAAAGCACCGCUUUUGGGCCUCCUUAAAUUCCGGACAAGUAUAUUUUACUUGAAAAAAGGGGCAUGUCUCGUUUGAAAAAGGAAAAAAAAACCAUAAAAAAAAGAAAGAAAAGGAAAAAGUUAAAAAAAUUAUAUAUAUAUAUAUGUCUAUCUAAAAGUGGCAAAUUUUAUAUGCUAAAGUAUAGGGGGUCUCAGAAAAAUAAGUUAUGGACCAAUAUCACAACGACCAUUUAUACGUUUUAAAAGGAAAAAAAAGUUUAUAAAUUUAUAUAUAAAUAUAUGUCCUGGGUAUUUUUUGAGUUCUCUGUUGUGCUGUAAAAAAUAUGUGGAUUUCUAAUCAGGCUGAUUUUCAGAGCCAUUAAUAUAAUAUUUAAAGUUGAGUUCACUGGAUUAUUUUUGUCUCGCCCAAAG